AUGCGAUACGCGGUCCUAGUGACCGGGCCAGCAGGAGCCGGUAAAUCGACAUUCUGCGCAUCGCUCAUUACCCACGCUCAGACUGUUGGUCGACAAGUCCAUCUGGUCAAUUUGGAUCCUGCAGCAGACAAGUUUGAGUAUGAGCCUACGAUAGAUAUUAGAGAUUUGAUUAAUCUGGAGGAUGUGAUGGAAGAGUUGGAGUUCGGACCUAAUGGAGGGUUGAUAUAUUGUUUUGAAUACCUCUUAAAUAACCUAGACUGGCUAGAAGACGAACUCGGUUCCUACGAAGACGAUUACUUAAUAAUAGAUUGUCCAGGCCAGAUAGAACUCUACACUCAUAUACCGCUCUUACCCAAACUCGCUGGAUAUCUACAGACUAAUUUGAAUUUCAGGACGUCAGCGGUAUACCUGAUAGAUUCGCAGUUUAUGCAGGAUAAGAGCAAGUUCUUUGCAGGGGUGAUGAGUGCCAUGUCGUGUAUGUUGGCUUUGGGGAUCAGCAUGGUGUGUCUGAUGAGUAAGAUGGAUCUUGUCAAGGAUAAAAAAGGUAGGACGAAGAGGGAGGUAGGAAGGUAUCUUGACCCAGAUCCAUCUCUAUUGCUUGACGAUCCUGGCUCAAGUACAAAUCCAAAAUUCAAUGACCUCAACAGAGCUGUUGUGGGAUUAAUAGAAGACCAGAAUAUCGUCUCCUUCUUACCUCUAGAUGUCACUUCUGAAGAUUCGGUGAACACGGUAUUGAGCCAUAUAGAUAAUAUGAUGCAGUAUGGGGAGGAUGAGGAGCCGAAGGUACCGAAGGAUAUGGACGAAGGUGAUUUCGGAGAUGAUUAG